UUAUUUUUGUACUUCUGCUCUCUGGGAUUGGUUUCUUAAACAAUCGGGAUCCUUUUUUUCAUAUGUCAAAAUGAGUCCGCUGAUGUUUACACUACUAUUGCUCUUUGGAUUUCUCUGCAUUCAGAUUGAUGGAUCUCGUCUUCGUCAGGAAGACUUUCCCCCCAGGAUUGUAGAACACCCUUCUGAUGUAAUUGUCUCCAAGGGAGAGCCCACAACUCUGAACUGUAAAGCAGAGGGCCGGCCAACUCCCACCAUUGAAUGGUACAAGGACGGCGAGAGGGUGGAGACAGACAAGGAUGACCCCAGGUCUCACAGGAUGCUUCUGCCCAGCGGAUCCUUAUUCUUUUUGCGAAUUGUGCAUGGGCGCAGAAGUAAACCUGAUGAAGGGAGCUACGUUUGUGUUGCAAGGAACUAUCUUGGUGAAGCAGUGAGUCGGAAUGCAUCUCUGGAAGUGGCAUUAUUGCGAGAUGACUUCCGGCAAAACCCCACAGAUGUAGUAGUGGCAGCUGGAGAGCCUGCAAUCUUGGAGUGCCAGCCCCCACGAGGACACCCAGAACCUACCAUCUACUGGAAGAAAGAUAAAGUCCGAAUUGAUGACAAGGAAGAGAGGAUAAGUAUCCGAGGUGGAAAACUGAUGAUCUCAAAUACCAGGAAAAGUGAUGCAGGAAUGUAUACCUGUGUGGGCACCAAUAUGGUGGGAGAAAGAGACAGCGACCCUGCAGAGCUGACUGUCUUCGAACGACCCACAUUUCUCAGGAGGCCAAUUAACCAGGUGGUGCUAGAAGAAGAGGCAGUGGAAUUCCGUUGUCAGGUCCAGGGAGAUCCACAGCCAACUGUGAGGUGGAAGAAGGAUGAUGCAGAUUUGCCAAGGGGAAGGUACGAUAUCAAAGAUGACUAUACCCUGAGAAUUAAGAAGGCCAUGAGUACAGAUGAAGGUACCUAUAUGUGUAUCGCUGAGAAUCGGGUGGGAAAAGUGGAAGCCUCUGCUACCCUCACUGUCCGAGUUCGCCCUGUUGCUCCUCCACAGUUUGUGGUUAGGCCAAGAGAUCAGAUUGUUGCACAGGGCCGGACAGUGACAUUCCCCUGUGAAACGAAAGGAAACCCACAGCCAGCUGUUUUUUGGCAGAAAGAAGGCAGCCAGAACCUGCUUUUCCCAAACCAACCUCAGCAACCCACUAGCCGGAGUUCAGUGUCCCCCUCUGGAGACCUCACCAUCACCAACAUCCAGCGUUCAGAUGCGGGGUACUACAUCUGUCAAGCCUUAACAGUGGCAGGAAGCAUCUUAGCUAAAGCGCAGUUGGAGGUUACCGAUGUUUUGACAGAUAGACCUCCACCCAUAAUCCUGCAAGGACCAAUAAACCAAACACUUGCAGUAGAUGGGACAGCUUUACUGAAAUGUAAAGCCACUGGAGACCCUCUUCCUGUCAUUAGCUGGCUAAAGGAGGGCUUCACCUUUCUGGGUAGAGAUCCAAGAGCAACGAUCCAGGAACAAGGAACACUGCAAAUUAAGAAUUUACGGAUUUCUGAUACUGGCACUUAUACUUGUGUGGCUACAAGUUCAAGUGGAGAGACUUCCUGGAGUGCCGUGCUGGAUGUAACAGAAUCUGGAGCAACUAUCAGUAAAAAUUAUGAUAUAAAUGACCUGCCGGGGCCACCAUCCAAACCACAGGUCACUGAUGUUACUAAGAACAGUGUUACCUUAUCCUGGCAACCAGGUACACCUGGAGUUCUUCCAGCAAGUGCAUAUAUCAUUGAGGCUUUCAGCCAGUCGGUGAGCAAUAGCUGGCAAACGGUGGCCAACCAUGUUAAGACAACUCUCUAUACUGUGAGAGGACUGAGGCCCAAUACAAUCUACUUGUUCAUGGUCAGAGCAAUCAACCCUCAAGGUCUCAGUGACCCAAGUCCUAUGUCGGAUCCAGUACGCACACAAGAUAUCAGUCCCCCAGCACAAGGAGUGGACCACAGACAAGUACAGAAAGAAUUAGGAGACGUCAUUGUUCGUCUACAUACUCCAGUUGUCCUGACACCUACAACCAUUCAAGUCACGUGGACAGUGGAUCGGCAGCCCCAGUUCAUUCAGGGCUACAGAGUGAUGUACCGUCAGACUUCUGGCCUACAAGCUUCCACUGCAUGGCAGAAUCUCGAUGCCAAAGUCCCAACCGAGAGGAGUGCUGUCCUGGUGAAUCUGAAAAAGGGGGUGACCUAUGAAAUUAAAGUCAGGCCAUAUUUUAAUGAGUUCCAAGGAAUGGACAGUGAAUCAAAAACAAUCCGUACUACUGAGGAAGCUCCCAGUGCCCCUCCCCAGUCCGUCACUGUGCUUACAGUGGGAAGCCACAACAGCACAAGCAUCAGUGUAUCCUGGGAUCCUCCACCUCCAGACCACCAGAAUGGAAUUAUUCAGGAAUACAAGAUCUGGUGUCUUGGAAAUGAAACGCGAUUCCAUAUCAACAAAACUGUGGAUGCUGCUAUUCGUUCUGUAGUAAUAGGUGGCUUAUUCCCUGGAAUUCAAUACAGGGUAGAAGUGGCAGCUAGCACAAGUGCAGGGGUCGGAGUAAAAAGUGAACCACAGCCAAUAAUAAUUGGGGGACGCAACGAAGUUGUUAUUACAGAAAACAAUAACAGCAUAACUGAGCAAAUAACUGAUGUUGUGAAGCAACCGGCAUUUAUAGCUGGCAUCGGUGGUGCCUGCUGGGUAAUUCUGAUGGGUUUUAGCAUCUGGUUGUAUUGGAGAAGAAAGAAGAGAAAGGGGCUCAGCAAUUAUGCUGUAACAUUUCAAAGAGGAGAUGGAGGACUCAUGAGCAAUGGGAGCCGUCCAGGUCUUCUAAAUGCUGGGGACCCCAAUUACCCAUGGCUUGCUGACUCAUGGCCAGCCACGAGUUUGCCAGUAAACAAUAGCAAUAGUGGCCCAAACGAAAUUGGAAAUUUUGGGCGUGGAGAUGUACUGCCGCCAGUCCCAGGCCAAGGGGAUAAAACAGCAACGAUGCUUUCAGAUGGAGCCAUUUAUAGCAGCAUUGACUUCACUACCAAAACCACUUACAAUAGUUCCAGCCAAAUAACACAGGCCACCCCGUAUGCCACUACCCAGAUCCUGCAUUCCAACAGCAUCCACGAACUGGCCGUUGAUCUUCCUGAUCCACAGUGGAAAAGCUCAAUUCAGCAAAAAACAGACCUGAUGGGCUUUGGUUAUUCACUCCCUGAUCAGAACAAAGGUAACAAUGGUGGGAAAGGUGGAAAAAAGAAGAAAAACAAAAAUUCUUCUAAAGCGCAGAAAAACAAUGGAUCAACUUGGGCUAAUGUCCCUCUACCUCCUCCUCCAGUCCAGCCCCUUCCUGGUACAGAACUGGGGCACUAUGCUGCAGAACAACAAGAAAAUGGCUAUGACAGUGACAGCUGGUGCCCACCAUUACCAGUGCAAACAUACUUGCACCAGGGUAUGGAAGAUGAACUGGAAGAAGACGAUGAUAGGGUCCCAACACCUCCUGUGCGUGGUGUGGCCUCUUCUCCUGCUAUCUCCUUUGGACAGCAGUCCACUGCCACUCUUACUCCAUCCCCACGGGAAGAGAUGCAACCCAUGCUGCAAGCUCAUUUGGAUGAGUUAACAAGGGCCUAUCAGUUUGAUAUAGCAAAACAAACAUGGCACAUUCAAAGCAAUACUCCACCUCCACAGCCCCCAGUCCCACCAUUAGGUUACGUGUCUGGAGCCUUGAUUUCUGAUUUGGAAACAGAUGUUCCAGAUGAGGAUGCUGAUGAUGAAGAGGAACCAUUAGAAAUCCCCAGGCCCCUCAGAGCACUAGACCAGACACCUGGAUCCAGUAUGGACAAUCUAGAUAGCUCUGUGACAGGUUCAAUGGUAAAUGGAUGGGGCUCUGCAUCUGAUGAGGAUCGUAACUUUUCUAGUCAUAGAUCUAGUGUAGGUAGCUCCUCAGAUGGCUCCAUCUUUGCCAGCGGCAGCUUUGCACAAGCAUUGGUGGCAGCAGCAGAUAAAGCUGGUUUUAGACUGGAUGGAACCAGUCUUACAAGAACAGGAAAAGCCUUUACCUCCUCUCAAAGGCCACGGCCCACCAGCCCGUUUUCUACCGACAGUAAUACCAGCGCUGCCCUGAAUCAAAGCCAGCGGCCUCGGCCAACCAAAAAACACAAGGGAGGGAGGAUGGACACACAGCCAGCGUUACCUCAUCGGAGGGAAGGGAUGCCAGAUGAUCUUCCCCCACCACCAGAUCCCCCACCAAGUCAGGGUUUAAGACAGCAGAUAGGCCUGAGCCAGCAUUCUGGUAACGUGGAAAAUUCAACAGAGAGAAAAGGAAGCUCUCUAGAGAGACAACAAGCGGCCGACUUAGAAGACACAAAGAGCUCAUUGGAUUGUCCAGCUAAAACCGCCCUAGAGUGGCAGCGUCCCACCCAGGAUUGGAUAAACUCUACUGACCGCCAAGAAGAUACACGGAAAGCCCCACACAAACAAGGGGUUAGAUCAGAGGAGUCCUUGGUACCCUACAGCAAGCCCAGUUUUCCAUCUCCAGGUGGGCACAGCUCUUCGGGAACAGCCUCCUCAAAAGGGUCCACUGGCCCUCGGAAGGCCGAGGUAUUGAGGGGCGGCCACCAGCGGAAUGCCAGUGACCUUCUGGACAUUGGAUAUGGGGGCUCAAAUAGUCAAGGACAGUUUACAGAGUAACUGAGAGGGGACAUACAAAGAUGCUCUGAGGACCACCAGGUCUGAACUCAUGGAAGUGAUAACAUUUAACAGUGCAAUGAACAAUUUCUUUAUUUAUGUACUAUUAAAAAACUGUAAAUGCAAUGUAAAGACACACAGCCACACGUAUCCCACAGUUCUUUUCUUGUGUUCUCCUCUUGAUUACACCACCUACCUUAACUCUUUCUUGUCAGGAGUAUAUAAGAAAAAGAAAGAAAACAAAACUCACCCUCCAGGAAGAAAAGGAUUUCCUCUGUAUAUAAUUUCUUUUUUGCAUUGCUAUGCAAGCUCACUCUUUUCAACUCUGUUCAUAUUAUUGUCUGUUCUUAUUGGUCUGUUGUACUAUAUGUGAAUUAACGGGCUGUGGUGCCAUAUAUUAACUUUUAAUUAUGUAACUUUUUAUGUUUAAAUUUUGCACUGCAAUUUUAUUUGGUGAUAAGCACAAAUCUCUACUUCUCAUGACAUGAAGAAAAAGAUUGAAUGUGAAGGGAGUUUUCUGUACUGUAAGUUAGGUUGGGUAAUACUGGUGUAACCAAUCCUGUGAGAUGGUUUUCAUUUGGGGGUGUAGAAAUAGGAAGAUACAAAGGAAUGAUAGUGUUGGCAAAGUCUUCUUGAAACAUCAGAUAUUGAGUGAAUUUUAAGAAGGAGAAAGAUGGCUUUUACUAUUGGAAAAAAGCACGGGUCAAAAGAAAGAAGUUUAAGUCUAGAUGAAUAUGGGUUAAAGUAUGUUGGUAGCAAAGAUGUACUAACUUGCUUGAAAAUUAUAAUUAAAGUUUUAUUUAGAAUCAACUUUACUGUCAUUGUAAUUGACCCAAUUGAAAAUUACAAUGAGCAAAAUGAAAUGAAGGUGUUUCAAGAGAUCUGUAUUUAUACUACAGCUUUUAAAAAAUAACAUUUUUGAAAGACCAUAAUUAACCUUUCUAAUUCAUUAAGUCAGAGUAUAACAUGAAGUUCCCCAAGGAAACAAAGAAGCAACUCUAGAAAUUUUAGCCACUAGUUAAAGAAACAACUUGUUAUUAGGGCAUACUCAAGCCAAUUUUGGAUAUUGCUCAUCUUUCUAAUACAUGUACAGUACAUACUAGAGGAUGUGACCACAUCACUUAAGUUCAUUACUUUAAAAUCUAAUGCAUUAUACAUACAAUUUUGUUUUUAGUUUGAUUAAGCAGUGAAAUUGAUGCCACCAAAUGUAUAGGCAAGUUGUUAAGCGCUCAACUUAAGUAACUUAAGCAGUACUCGCAGUAUGUUCAGUUAACAAUUAGUAGAUUUAUUGGACUAAAUAUUUUAUGGUACAUUCUCAGAAAUUGGCUACCAACAAAAAUCUGUUUGACCCAUUUUGAAUGAGUAAAUUGGAAAGAACAGUUAAACGGGAGAAAAUGCAUGUUUAUACACUUUUUAAAUAAAACCAAAUCUUGUAAGUGGACAUUAAUAA